AUGCAAACUAAGAGGAUUGGUCUUAUCUCUGACCGGAGCAAGUCCACUCACACGAAUCCCUCCGGGGCCAGCCGCGGACUCAACUUCGCAAUUGCCAAAGAGCUGCUUCUAACUACUACCUAUCACAUCAUGGUGAGGAGCCGCAGACCGUCGCACGGGGACGAUGCCGCGAGGCUAGGGGACGGUGUGUCAGCCUUGAGCCUGGAUCGAACGCUGGCAACGAAUGUCAGCGGUCAGGCCCGUGUAACUAAGGCACUUUUUUUGCUGCUGCUAGACUCCGCUGAGAAGGCAGGGCUCCGUCCCCGCCUCGUCUUCGUGUCCUCAUCCUUGGGCUCCCUGAGUUACAAUGGGGACUCAACCUCUCGCCACAGUGACUACCACACUGUUGAGUAUCGCGUCAGCAAGGCGGCCAUACAUAUGCUGCUGGUCGAGUAUCAUAUGGCCUUGCCCGUCGUGACAUUGGUGGGGGCGGCCCUAGGUUCUAGGAUUACUAGAAACGCAGACGCGCUGCGGAAGAUGGGGGCUGUAGAGCCUGAAGUCAGGGCUCGGAUUCUCCCCCGAUAG